CGGUUUUUUUAUAUGGGCUAGAGACAUUAUGGCUGAUUUUUCCUGGGGAAGAGAAAGUUGAGAAGAGAUAUGAUUGAGCUGUUCAAAGUCAUGAGGUGUCAAAGUCAUGAGGUGUCUAGCUGGACUGGACAAGGGUAAAGUUUUUCUGCUUAAAAUUAAUCCACAUCAGAAGCAAUGAAGAGAGGAUGAGGAACUUUUUCAAACAGUCAAUGGAAGUCACUGUCUGAAUUCAAGAUAAACGACUGAGGAGAAGCUAUUUUGUGUUGACAGGGAGAAAGCUGGGUAAGGAAGUGAAACCCUCGUUUACUCCAUUCAUGGAAUGUGGGUGUUGCUGGUCACCAUUUAUUGCUCCAUUUCUAAUUGCCCAAAAUACAAUUAAAUAUCAACAACAUUCCUGUGGAUCUGGAGUCCCAUGUAUGCCAGACCAGGUAAGGAUGGCAGAUUUCCUUCCCUAUGACAUUAGUGAAAUGGAUGGUUUUUAAUGACAUUUGGUAGCAGUUACAUUGUUCUCAUGAGAUCAGCUUCAGUUUCUUCUGAAUUAAAUUCAAAUUUAACCAUCUGCCAUGGUUGGUUUUCUAGAGAAUUAACCUGGGGUUCUGGAUAGCUAGCCCAGUGGCAUUACCAUGAUCAUCGCUUACUUUGAGGAAAUGCAAAAAAAAAAGGCCAUUCAGACCUGCUUAUCCAUACUGGUUUGUGUUCCAUUUGAACUUCUUUUGGUAUUAACUAGAUUGCUUCCUGAGAUGAAGAAAUACACUGUUAUCCCAUUCCCCUUUCGAUGAAGAGAUAUCCGCUUCAUCUUGGUCUAAAAUGAUGGGUGGACCGAGACCACACAGUUCAUCCCUUGGAGGACCUUCUUGAUCAAAGAGCUGACGUUUACAUAAUGGUCCAAGCCGCCUAGUUCAUGCCAACCCACUGGAUCCAAUCCAGGAUCCACUGCACUUAUGAAUCCACCCGCCUCCAGGAUUUGCUCCAUUCCAGAGAUAGCAAGAACUGCAGGUGCUGGAGUCAGAGUCAAUGCAGCGUGGAGCUGGAGGAACACAGCAGGUGUGAAAAAGGGUCCUGACCCAAAAUGUCAACUUUCCUGCUCCUCUGAUGCUGCCUGACCUGUGUUCCGCCCACUCCAUACUGUAUGGACUUUGCUCAAUCCCAGGACACACUCUGCUCCAGGGUCUGCAACAUUCUGGAAUCCACUCUGCUCCAGAAUUGAUUCGGUGAUCCAUUCCAUUCGAUAAUUCACUCUGCUCCAUGAUUGACUUAGUUCCAGGAUUCACUAUGUGCCAGGAUCUGCUCCAUUGUGGGAUCCACUCUGGAAUGACUCAAUUUCAUGAUCUACUCAGGUCUGGAAACCAGUGGUCCAGGAUCCACUCUAUUCUGCAAUCCACACUUCUCCAGGAUCAGCUCUGCCCACGGAUUCAUCACAUGCUGGAGUCCACUUCAUGGUUGGAUCCACUCAGCUCUGGGAUCCACAGAAUGUCUGAUGCACUUCUGUUCUUGGAUUGGCUCAGCUCUGAAAUCCAGCGCAUUGUGUAAUCCUUACUACACCGGGAUCAACUCAGCUCCAGGAUUCACUACAAUUUAGGAUCGACUGUGCUCCUGAAUCCACACUGCUUCAUUAUCCGUUCCCCUCUGGGAUCCACCCAGAUCCGGGAUCCACCGACUCCGUUCCGGCAUCCACUGACUCCGCUCCGGGAUCCACCGACUCCGUUCGGUGAUCCACCCACUCGGCUCCGGGACUGUACGGAAGGAUGGGGCCGGUGCGGCUGUUGCUCCUUUUGCUGUGGAUCAUUGAGAUCCAGGAUUGCGCUUCGCACAUUAUUAGACGCCAGCGGGAUGGCCAACAAAUACCUUUAGCCGGGGUAAAAAGUGAUGGUAACACCACGACUGGCAACACCACGACUGGCAACACCGGGAAAGGCAACACCACGACUGGCAACGCCGGGAGUGGCAACACCGGGAGUGGCAACACCACGACUGGCAACACCGGGAGUGGCAACACCACGACUGGCAACACCGGGAAAGGCAACACCACGACUGGCAACACCGGGAGUGGCAACACCACGACUGGCAACACCGGGAGUGGCAACACCGGGAAAGGCAACACCAGGACUGGCAACGCCGCGACUGGCAAAUCCGGGAGUGGAAACACCACAACAGGCAACGCCGGGAAUGGCAACACUGCAACAGGCAACUCUGAUAAAACUGGAAUGGGCGAUGCCAGGACUGUCGACACUGGGAAUAGCAAACCUGAUACUGGCAGCACAGACAGGGCAGGGGCUGCGGGCACUGGAAUCCACAAAACUGAUCAAAGUUCAAAUGAUGCUGGAAAGCAAGGUACUGGAUUGGAGAAUGGGAACGCUGAGGGGAGGAGCGACAAGAACCCAGCAGAGAGCCAGAGAGAUAAGGCCAAUGAAAGUGAGGGGGUUGAUGAAGAUGAUGAUGCUGAGCCAGCUGAAGAGGAUGAGGAGACACUGGAAACAGACGGGGACACAAAACCCGAGGAGGCGGGGGGCAGUGCGACAGUUGCUGAAGGAUCAGUGAAAGCUGGAGUUAGGACAAAUAUUGAUACGGAGUUGGUACCGAGGGAUGAACCAGAGAGCAGCCACUUCUUUGCCUACCUGGUGACCACAGCAGUUAUUGUUGCUGUGCUUUACAUCGCUUAUCACAACAAGCGUAAGAUUAUCGCUGUUGUCAUUGAAGGUCGAAGGUCAAAGACCAACCCCCGACGCCCAAAAUCAACAGAUUACCAGCGACUGGAACAGAAGUUGUGAAGACACUUUGGCCACUGCUGGACCCUCUGCAGAGGAGCUUUCUUCCUCCCUCCACCCCCACCAUUGACCUAGCUUCCCCUCUAAACUACAAGGACUAUCUCUUUAAGCACACCAAACGUCUGAUCAAAAGAGUGUUUGAUCGAGAACCACAGUCUCACGGCUUCAGAUCCCAGUCAGCUUGGUGUGAAUAAUGGAAUUUCUCUGGUUGUAGUGUGUUUCUGUGGGAGAAGGGGAUGUUAAGGGGCCAAUACUGAUUUAAUUGAUGACUGUCUGAUUAUUUCAACUGGAGGGGUGGUUGGGUGAGUCAUAGGUCAGAUGCUGGGGGUGUGUCGUGGGGAAGUGUCGGGCUGGUUAUGGUCUGGGCUGGGGGUAGGUUUGGGCAGAUUUGAAGGGUGUGGGUGGGUGGGAGGGAGGGAGUAGUGAAUGGUGGUCACUCGAGAUGAGCGGAGGUCAAGUGAAACUUAUUUCUGUAGAAAAUGAUACUGAUUUAAUUAAGUGAGAGAACGUGUGACUGGGAAUCAUCCCAAAAGACCAGGUCAGUGCAAAUGAGGAGUCUCAUGGAGAGGUUAAUUUCUGAACCAACUCUGGGAGAACCUCACGCCUCUACCCAGGUUGAGGGCGGGGAUGAGGGGUUGGUACAGGAGCUGAACCAUAAGUCCAGGGGAGGUUUGGAGUAUCUUGUUGUGGGUCUGUGAGAUGGUCCUUGACAAGUAAAGGACUAACUCACACAUGGCCCUACCUCCUCGGUAAUACUGAGUCUCUUUCUGCUUACAUUGUGGACUAGAAAUGUUUGUAAAUUCUUGUAGCCAAAGGCUGUAUCCAGCAUGGGGUGACCUGGAGCCCAGCUACACUGUCAUGCAAUCCCUAUAAAGAGCAUUAAACUCAUGGCUGUUCAAUCA